AUGGGCAGCACUCUCCCAUUCCAGACUAUGAUUUGUGUGGACUUUGGUAUGACAGGCUCGGCGAUUGCAUGGCGAACGAGUCUCCGGUCGAGCUGGACCUCUAUCGGAAAAAUCCCCACAGCUUUGGCAUAUGAUCCAUUGGACAAUAGAGGAACUCCCAUCGCGUGGGGUCGAGGAUGCGCAGACAUGCGUGCAGACGAGGUCAAGCAGUGCUUCAAAGCAUUCAUGGGAAGUCCAGCCACCGUCUAUGUCGCGAAAAAUAAGCUGUGGACCCCAGAAUCUCCGGCUGAAGUGCAUCGCUGGAUCGAAGACUACCUUCAUGAUUUUUGUCGCCAUGCUGCGGACACCAUCAACACCGAGUUGGGUCGGGGCUGGCGAUCGGGAGAUGUGAUAUGGAUUUUCAGCGUGCCCGGUAGAUGGCUCGAGUACCCCGUUGUUGCCGACUUCAAGCGGCUUGCAGAGGAAGCCCUGAGGUCUUGCGACAUCAGCAGCAAUCCUCGCGUGGAAGUUUUGGCUACCGAAGCAGAGGCAUCAGCGCAGAGCAUCCUGAGCCAAGGCCAACUUGGUGCUGAUAAUUGCAACGAGAGAUACGCUGUGGGUAACGUUGUCAUAUCGUGCGAUAUUGGCGGAGCAACCACUGAUGUGGCAAUCUCCGAAAUUGUUGGCCCGGGAAAGCUGGCAUCUCAGAGUCUGCUCAAAUUGGAGCCGAGGGGCGUCGUGGCUUUCGAGCAGAGUUUCUGGGAGCAUACUGAACGGAUUCUCCGCAGUGCAGGAGUUCAGGAGCCCAGUAGGUGGGCAUUGGAGAUGACGAAAAGUGCCGGUCUCGCACGAGCCAGAAAUCAAUUCUCGAAGUCGUAUGGGAAUGUUGCCAUUCGACUUCCAGAAGGAUGCGUCGUUGAGGACGGGCAGCCUUCUUCUCAACCAGGACCAAGCAGGGAUACCACAAUACAGGAUGGUAACCUUUGCAUCCCAAGUGUUGUUUUUGAAGGGUUCUUUACCGAAUUUGUCGGAGAAAUCGAAGAAGCCAUUGAUGAGGCCAUCAAUGUACUGAGAUGUAGGUUCAGGAACAGCCCUGUAAGCAAUCCGAGUCUCAAGCUGUUGGUACUAUUUUCUGAUGAGGAGAAGGCUGUCAUAGGCCUUUGUGGUGGCGGAUCCCUGAUGCUCUACCUCCAGGCCAGAUUGAAGGCCAGAUAUGAGCCUUCUGUGCCGGUCGCAUGCCCUGAUCACGCUGUGCUUUUGCCAGAUUUGGCGACCAGCAGUGGCUUGGGUCUUGUGUACGACCACAGGGAAUUGUCCAAAUUCGGAUCCGGUGCAGUCUUCGGCGUCGAGACGAGUAAAGGCACAGUGGAAUGGAUCACUGGCCAGGAGAUCCCAAUGCUGAAUUCGGGCUUCCAAAGGAACUCCUGGGUUUUCACCUUCACAGGCAAGUCUCGUGACAAGACUGUGAGGCACAGAUUUAUCACCGUGCCUGCAGCAUCACAAGCUCCUCAGACUUUCAAAGAAGCACAGCAAAGAUUGCACUCUAAAGGUUGGGAGGUUGAGGUGGACUUGUACCGUGAUGACCGCUUCGUUACGAUACCUAAGAAGUAUACUAUUGCGUGCACUAUCAGUCAGCCGGACGAGAUUGUAUUUGAAGCCCGACUGAAAUCUGAAGGACAGCCGCUGUCCUGUCGCAGUAAGAGAACUGAGGAGUAG